UGUUUAUUUUAUUGGUUAUCACACAUAUUGUGAAGCAUAAAAAUAUAUGCUCUCUCUCCCAACAAAAAAUGGAAGAUUACAUUUUUUAGUAGGGAUAAACAUUGAAUUUUUUUUUUCUUUUAAAAGAAAGCAGAAAUAUUCCAUUAAAAAGUGCAAGGUUUAAAAUAUAUUGUUGAACACAAUACUAAUUAAAUUAUCAUGAACAUUUUUAGAAGGGAUAGAAAUUGAAUUUCUUGUGGACCUACCAAAGGGGUUUGUGGAAUUGGUUUUUUUGGUUACUCAUCUGAUUUAUUAUUUAUUUGUUAUCCUUUUAUUACCAAUUAAAUUUUUAAUAAAGAUAAUAUCUUUUUAAAUUUGAAAGUUACAUUGUCUUCCUAAUCCUAUUACAAUUAGGAGAAAGAGAACUAAACCUUAUUUUAAUAAAAUUUUCUAAUAAAUGUUUGACAAGAAAACUUUAUAGUGAAUUCCUUGACAAGAAAACAAGUCUAUAUAAUCCAAAGUCGAACCAAAGCAACUCAAUCAAACCAAUGAUUAAUACCAUCAUGACUCGAUCAAUGUCAUUCUCCGCUCUCAUUUUCCUCCUAAUGUUAUUGGGCCAAGGCCCAACCCAAAUCCAAGCCCGAAAGCCCCACAUAAUCAAUUUCCGAUCCCCAAAUCUCUACCCAGAAGGAAUCACGUGGGACCCAUCCGCCCAACACUUCAUCCUCGGCUCCGCACGUGACCGAACCCUAGUUUCCGUCUCCGACGCUGGCGUCGUCGAAACCCUAAUUCACGAUCCCGAUUUACCGGAAAACGUCACCAUACUUGGCCUCACCAUCGACACCGUCAACAAUCGCCUUCUAGCGGCCAUCCACGCCGUCGAACCGCUUCCUCAAUUCGACGCUCUAGCCGCCUACGACCUUCGCACGCGCCGCCGAGUUUUCCUCUCUCUUCUUCCCAACGACGAAGGUGAUCUAAAACGCCCGACUGCGAACGCCGUCGCGGUUGAUUUCAAAGGCAACGCUUACGUCACAAACUCAAUCGGUAACUAUAUAUGGAAAGUUAACGACCAAGGAGAAGCUUCAAUUUUCUCAAAAUCGCCGAUCUUCAGUGCUUAUCCCGUCGAUCGAGAAUCUCCGUUCAGUUUCUGCGGCUUAAACGGCAUCGUUUACUCAAGCAAAGGUUACCUUUUGGUGGUUCAGAGCAAUACUGGGAAAAUGUUCAAAGUCAAUGAGGAUAGCGGUAAGGGUAAUUUGGUAAUUUUAAAUGAAGAUAUGCCUUUGGCUGAUGGAAUGACUAUUCGAAAAGACGGUGUCGUUUUGGUGAACUCGCCUAAAAAGGUUUGGAUGUUGAAAAGCCAAGACAGUUGGGGUGAAGGAGUGGUAUAUGACGAAACUACCCUUGAUGAAGAUAGGUUUCCCACUUCUUUGACUGUUGGGAAUGAUGGGAGGGUAUAUGUGGUAUAUGGACAUGUGUUGGAGGCUUUUAUGGGAAAUUGGGGUAGGGGUAGUUUCGGAAUAGAGGAAGUGAUGUCAGAGAAGGAGAAUAGAGAAGAUAGUGUUUGGAUAUUUGUGUUACUUGGGUUGGGUUUGGCUUAUUUCAUGUUUUGGAGAUUUCAAAUGGGUCAACUCAUCACCAAUGUUGAUAAGAAGACUAAUUGAUAGAGUAUUGUUAUGGGGUAUAGAGGGUUUUAUGUUAUUUAUAGGUGGUGUUUUAUAAUUAAUUAGUAAUAUAUUUUAAAAGUAUUGAUACGAAACAAUGUAGUAAAUACUAAUAGUAUUUUUUAGCAUUUGUCAUAAUUGAUAUGUUUCUCCUUUCUUGUUUUUCACUUCUUUGAAAAUUAUGUUAGAACUUAGAAUGUGAGUUUUGGUUUUAUGU